UUGUUGGACUGUCAAAGUGCUUAGUUGAACUUCUCCAAUCAAUUUUCAAGCUGAGAUUUUCUGGUUUGCCAAGUCAGCAUCUUAAAAGAACCGUGAAAUUUUAACAACGCUUCUAGUGCGUCGAUUUACGAAUUUAGAUUGUGUUUUAAAUUAAACUUCAAAAAGAAAACAAAAUGUGUGACGAAGAAGUUGCUGCCUUGGUUGUUGACAAUGGUUCCGGUAUGUGCAAAGCCGGUUUCGCUGGUGAUGAUGCACCCCGCGCUGUUUUCCCUUCAAUUGUGGGUCGCCCACGUCAUCAAGGUGUGAUGGUUGGUAUGGGACAAAAGGACUCAUAUGUCGGUGAUGAAGCACAGAGCAAACGUGGUAUCUUAACCCUGAAAUACCCCAUUGAACACGGUAUUGUAACCAACUGGGAUGAUAUGGAAAAAAUCUGGCAUCACACCUUCUACAAUGAACUGCGUGUCGCUCCCGAGGAACACCCAGUCCUGUUGACUGAAGCUCCAUUGAAUCCAAAGGCUAACCGUGAGAAGAUGACACAAAUCAUGUUCGAAACCUUCAACACACCCGCCAUGUAUGUGGCCAUUCAGGCCGUACUUUCCCUGUAUGCUUCUGGUCGUACCACUGGUAUUGUGCUGGAUUCUGGUGAUGGUGUCUCCCACACUGUUCCCAUCUAUGAAGGUUAUGCCCUGCCACAUGCUAUCCUUCGUUUGGAUUUGGCUGGUCGCGAUUUAACCGACUACCUAAUGAAGAUCUUGACUGAACGUGGUUACUCAUUCACAACCACUGCCGAACGCGAAAUUGUUCGUGAUAUUAAGGAAAAAUUGUGCUAUGUCGCACUCGACUUCGAACAAGAAAUGGCCACCGCUGCAUCCAGCUCGUCAUUGGAGAAAUCAUAUGAAUUGCCCGAUGGUCAAGUGAUCACCAUUGGCAAUGAACGUUUCCGCUGCCCAGAAGCUCUCUUCCAACCAUCAUUCUUGGGUAUGGAAGCCUCCGGUAUCCACGAAACCACAUACAACUCCAUCAUGAAGUGUGAUGUUGACAUCCGUAAGGAUCUGUAUGCCAACACUGUGCUUUCUGGUGGUACCACCAUGUACCCAGGUAUUGCUGACCGUAUGCAAAAGGAAAUCACCGCUUUGGCUCCAUCAACAAUGAAGAUCAAGAUCAUUGCACCACCAGAACGCAAAUACUCCGUAUGGAUCGGUGGUUCUAUCCUUGCUUCUUUGUCUACCUUCCAACAGAUGUGGAUCUCGAAACAAGAAUACGACGAAUCCGGCCCAUCAAUUGUGCACAGGAAAUGCUUCUAAAUUGGUUAAUGGUAUUUUACAUAACAUAACCAAACAAAAUUCUAGAAUUUUAAAGCAUUUUUUUAAGUUUUCAUUCAAAUGUAUUAUUUUCUAAUUAUUUAAAAUGUUACAAAAACUUGAGAGGAAAGAAUAAGAUUGGCAAACUCUUCUUGUCAUCCAUUCGUCUACGUACGAGUGAGACAUGAGGGGGACAUUAUAACCAAAAAUCUAAAA